UAGUCUUUUUUUGGAUAGUUUGAGGAGUACGUGAGAGUGAGUCGUAUCCGGUCAGCUAAGAAUGUGUCAAAUAGCGAAGUUUUUAAAUUGUUGUUAAUUAAGAAGUUAAUUUUUUAAUUAAGUUAAAGUGCGAAAUUUUCAAAAAUGGGCCAACAUGUAUCGAGAACAGAUUUUGAAUGGGUAUAUACCGAGGAACCUCAUGCUAGUCGCAGGAAGUUAAUCUUAGAAAAAUAUCCUCAGAUCAAGAAACUUUUUGGAUACGAUCCGAAUUUUAAAUGGGUCGUAACAAGCAUGGUACUUACACAAUUUGUAUUAUUGUACUUACUCAAAGAUAGGUCGUGGCCAGUGCUAAUUUUAGUAGCGUAUUGCUUAGGAGGUGUGAUCAAUCAUUCUUUAAUGUUGGCUAUACAUGAAAUUGCACACAAUUUGGCGUUUGGGCACGCACGACCGUUGCACAACAAAUUAUUUGGAUUUUUUGCCAAUUUGCCAAUAGGAUUACCGAUUACUAUAAGCUUUAAAAAAUACCACUUGGAGCACCACAGAUACCAAGGUGACGAUCAGAAAGAUACAGACAUCCCAACGUACAUAGAGGCCAAACUAUUUUGUACGACGUUUGGGAAAUUUAUUUGGGUGAUACUGCAACCGUUUUUCUACUCAUUUCGUCCGCUCGUAGUUUAUCCGAAGCCGCCCACGUUUUUAGAAUUCGUAAACCUCGUAAUUCAACUCGCCUUCGAUGCUCUUGUCGUUUAUUUUUUGGGAGGAAGAAUGUUGGGAUACCUCCUGCUGGGCUCCGUCAUGGCUAUGGGCCUCCAUCCGGUAGCGGGACACUUCAUCAGUGAACAUUACAUGUUCAAAAAGGGCUAUGAAACGUACAGUUACUAUGGUCCCUUGAACUGGAUAACAUUUAACGUGGGAUACCAUAACGAACACCACGAUUUUCCUGCCGUUCCUGGUUCAAGAUUACCAGAGGUAAAGAGGAUAGCACCGGAAUUCUACGACAACCUACCGCAGCACCACAGCUGGACGGCAGUUUUAUAUGACUUCGUGAUGGAUCCAGAUGUGGGACCUUACGCCAGAAUCAGGCGGAAAGCGAAAGGCUUAUCAUCGUAAUUUCCAUCGAGACACCAAAUUACCUAGUACAUUUUAUUGCUCGCUUCUUAUUUUCAUUGUUUACGACAAAAUGAGACGAGAGCAGUAAAAUCUUUUGCUUAUGUGUGGUUUAAAGUAGCAUUUAGUUGACUGUACAUAACCAGUGACGUACGUUUUUUUUUAAAUAUAUCUUAUUUAUAAUAUAAUACUUAUUUAAAAAAUAUUCUUUCUUCAACAUUGUGAUAUAUGUACAGUAAUUAUAUUUCGCCUGUAAAGAUUGUAAUUUCUAAAAAAGGUUAAAAAAUAACCUCAGAAUUCUUGUUUAUUUGUCUAUUCUUUUGCGUUCCCACACACAGCCAAUGUUGUAACUUCACAAUCGUUUGUUGUCAACCUGAGUUUUUAUUAUAAGGUUUUCUGAAGGUUAUUCACAUGUGCCUUGAAGUUUUUACCCACUUUUACAUAGUAGAUUGUGUAUUUUAAUAAAGUAUUUACCUUCUAAAACAUAAAAUAAACAAUUUUUUACCAAGUCAGACUUAAGGCUGAUUUAUAAACUUUACGUUGGCGUUGGCGCUGGCGUUCGCCGUUGACCUUGGCGCUGGCUAUCAUAUAUUGCAUUUAUAAACUUUCGGUUGGCGUUGGCGUUAAAGAUCACAUCUAAAUUUCUAACCUUACAUGUUUCAUUUGGUAUUAUUAAUUUUUGCUUGAAAAUUAAUACGAAGGAAAAUAAAAAUGCUCGGCCUUUGUUAGGUGCAGUGGCAGUGAUACUUUGUAUUCGAACAGUACUGAUGGCCUUUGAAAUAAAAGACAACGUCAAGAGACAAGAGGUAAUUUUAAUUAUUAUACAAAUAUGAAAAACUGGGAUACUCGGCAGUUUUUUAAAUAUACCAAGA